CACUGAGAUCUUUGUCACAAACUUUCGGAUUUCCUGCAGAAAGAUGGAGAAACUGCUCGCGCUCUGCUUGGCUCUCAGCCUCACCGCCUCAGUGGCCUCUGGAACAGACUCAACCAACACAACACCAACCCUCAGCACCUCUUCUAACAACGCAACAUCUGCUGGACUCAACACCACCAGUCCAUCUGUUCCCAGCGCCACCAGUCCAUCUGUUCCCAGCGCCACCAACACCACCAGUCCAUCUGUUCCCAGCGCCACCAACACCACCAGUACAUCUGUUCCCAGCGCCACCAACACCACCGCAGUGACGACGAACCCGACAACCGCCUCUCUGAAUGUCACGACCCCGCACAACAGCUCUUCAGCAAACAACACAACCUCUACAACCGCUUCGCCCGGUAACGGCACCAACACCAAUUCCUCCGCGACAUCCCCCCCUUCCACAGAGAGCAACGGAACGGCCACAAACCAGUCGACCACAACUCCGAGCACGUCCACGAGUACGACCCAGAGCACAGCGGCGUCUGCGGCCGGCAGCAGUGCGGGGGUUCCUGGGUGGGGCAUAGCUCUGCUGGUCCUGGCGGCUGUGGUUCUGCUGCUGCUGCUCCUGCUGCUGAUCGGACUGCUGGUGUGGUGCUGCUGCUACAGGGGGCGCUCCCAAGGCUUCAGUCCCUACGACCACCUGAACAGCAGAGACGACAUCCCUCUCUACACCACUCACGGGCGCUUUGAAGCCACCAAUGGGAGACAAUACGAGCAGACCGAGCGGCCGAGCUAGACGCCCACUCAUCGAGGAUCAGACCAACGCAACACGUUUACUUUGUAUCUCUCAGUCUUUUUUACAAACAUCUGUCAUAAUUACUGUUUUAAUGUCAUGAACAUUAAUUUAUUCUCUGAACAAAAACUGUUGUUGUUGCUUUGCUGUUUUUUUUAAAGGUCUCAACAAAAAGCAGAAAAUACAAUUUUAUUUAAAGGGAAACAAAACAGAAAAAUCAGAAACGCAGUUGCACUGAUCGGUGGAUUUAGGCGCAUUUAUAUUUUACUUUUGUUAUCAUAUUUUUAUUAUGUUGUCACAAUUAUAACACAAAUUUUACAUGUAUCUGAUUUCCAUUCCUUCCAGUCUGUCACAUUUUGCAAUCUUUAGAAAAAUCUUCCAUAUUUACGUUCCUAUUUGACCAGUAUUACUUUGGCUUUGUUUCCUCUUACAAAUCAAAAUCAUUUCACAUUAGUUUUAAUUCCUAAGUUGAUGUUGUGACUAUCGUUAGGCUAGAUUACCUUUUAUUUCUCUUCUUAUUCUUUAUCUUUUGUCAUUUUUUGCGACAGGAUGUACCCUCACUUGCCAUUGCAUUAGGUACACCAGUUAGGCUCAUCCAAAUAUCUAAUCAGCCAAUCACAUGGCUCCAACUCAGUGCGUUCACACAUCUGGACAUGCUCAAGCCAGGCUGAAGUGAUUUAAGUGACUUUGGUCUGAGCAUUUCAGAAAAAGGAGAUGUGCUGGGAUGUUGCCACACCACCAUCUCCAAGUUCACAGAGAACGGUCCAAAAGCGAGAAAACAGCAGUGAGCAGCUGGGAGACACCGCCAGAGGUCCAUGAGAAUGGACACCUCUCAGCUGAUAAAAGCAACAGUCUCUCCAGCGUUCACACGUCGAAGCUCGAAGCAGAUGGGCUUCAGCAGCCCACACCGGGGGCCACUUCUGUCAGCUAAGAACAGGAAACAGAAGCUACAGCUCACAAACACUCACCAAAAACAAAAACACUGAUCUACCGAGUCCGUAGGAUCAGAACUGGGUGUAAACAGCAUGAACGCAUGGAUCCGCCCUGCCGUAUUAACGGUUCACGCUGCCGGUGGUGUGAUGGACUGGGGGAUAUUUUCUGGGCACACUUUGGGCCCCUUGGUACCGACCGAGCAUCGUUUCAACUCCAUGCCGACCCGAGUCUUGUCACUGACCGUGUCCAAACCUUUAUGACCACAUUCACCAUCUUCUGAUUGGCUGCUCGUGUCACACAGCUCAGAUCGUCUCAAACUGGUUUCUUGAACAUGACGAUGAAUUCACGGUGCCCAGAUGACGUCCACAGUCACAGAUCUCAGUCCCACUGAGCGCCUUUGAGAUGUGGAGGAAGCUGUACGAUGAUGUCACAUCGACAUGGACCAAAAUCUGGUUUCCAGGAACGUUUCCAGGUGUACCUAAUGAAGUGGCUGCUGAGGUGCAGUUCCAGUGCAUAAAUACACUUUAAACAUUUCAUACAUGUAUUUUCCCUCCUUACUGUUGGAGAAUUAAUGUCUCACCUACUCAGCAGCCAUUUAAUUAUAUAAUUAUUGAUAUAAAAAGCUACAGAAUACAAAACGUGGUUUUCUAUACAAACACACUGUUGUGCCUGUAAUUAUAUAUGCUCCAUGUUUUCACUGUUUCUAUAGCUGCCAGUGACACUGACAGUUCACAUGAUAUGAAGCUGUUUCCACUUGUGUCCCAUGGUACUCUUCUUUUUACACCUAAAUCAAUUCUUCGUGUUAUUUUUAAGACUAUUGAGGGUUUUUGAAAAAUGUUCGUGCUUCUUUUUCCCACUGUUUUUCUUUCCUGGUAAUAACUUUGCUAUUAUUUGUACUUUUAUUGCGUGUGUUGGUUUGGCAGCGGCUCCAAUGUCCCACUUUUUUUGUUUGUUAUGUUUGCAGCAGGACAAUCGUGGCCUGAAAGCAAAUCCUCAUUGUUGCAGGUUUGAUUCAUCUUUUCAAACCAAAGUCUAAGUUUAUUCUUUCCAACAAAGCAGCUCGGUCACAAAGACAGAAAGAGAAUGCGGGCGUGGAGCGGGCGGAGCUGCGGAGGAAUGUAUGAACUUGGGAGCGUUUAGCAGGAGUGAUAAAGCCGAUAUCAACAUAAAGAGGCUGGGAUGGGCUCUGAACUGAGUCAGCAUCACAGCAACCGUUACCAGCAAAGAGAAACACGCUCACUCGUUUUAGGUUUCCAUUUCUCUGGGCUUUUUUAAAAUCUUUUCUAUUUUAUCUGAAUAAACAA